CCCGGAGCCUGAGGGCACUGAUGGGCCGAACGCAGCACAUUGUUGCCGUAGAACUUCCGCACCACCGGAGCUGGAAGGAGGCGGGGGCUUGUGAGAGAACCUCUCCAUCAUCAGGGCAGGAGGGGUCCGUAGCACUAUCACUCAAGGGGCCCAGCGACAACGCCUGCGCGCGCCGCCACCAUGCGGCAGAAGGUGGUAUCGCUCUUGUUGUGCUACCUGCUGCUCUCCGCCUGCGGGCCGGUGGAGGCAGGCAAAAGGAAAGACUCGGAGGACAGCGACUCCGGUUCCGGAGUCUGGGGCGCGCUGACCUACAUGGCGAUCGGAGGAGGGGUCCUGGCCAUGGGGCUGCCCGCUCUGGGCUUCAUGAGCACCGGCAUCGCUGCCAACUCGGUGGCCGCCUCGCUGAUGAGCUGGUCGGCCAUAGCGAACGGGGGCGGCGUGCCCGCCGGAGGGCUGGUGGCCACGCUGCAGAGCUUGGGGGCUACUGGUGGCAGUGCCCUCAUGGCCAAGGUUGGUGCCUUUCUAGGCUAUACUGUCCACAGGCAGAUAGACAACAAGGGGGCAAAGGAGGAAGAGGAGGACUGAACAGCUUCCAGGACACCCGUCCCCCGCCCUCCUUCUUCCAGCUGAAGUCCAGAGCGUUCUCUGCGACACUCGUCAAUGACCUAGGCGAAAAAGAGAAUAAACUUCUCUCA